CGGAGAAGCUGAAAAUGGCGGCGACAAUGAGCGACCGAGAUUUGCGAAGCGAGCUGAAGGCCUUGGGUUACGCGGCCGGCCCUAUCACAGACAGUACCAGGUCUCUGUACCUGAAAAAAUUAGAACAACUGAGGUCCGAAAAGAAUCAUAAGGAAAAAAGCAGCCGUGCCCCGCGGGUUCGCCAGAGUCUCCGGCAGCGGCAGGCGGAGGCCUCAGACCCAGAUCCGGAUCCGAAUCCGAAUCCAGCCGUGGCCCCGGAGCAGCCGAGGAGAAGGUCGGCCGCCGCUUUCAGAACUAGGGCCGAGUUCAGCCGCCAGCAGGCCGACGCUGUGUCGGACUCUGCUACCACACAAAACACAGGGACAUCGGCUGCAUACCUUACAGAUAGACUCCAUGAAGAGGAUGACGGCAAUAGGGAGGAAUCGGACAGCCUAAGUUCCCAUCGAGACACGGGGAUUUCCAGCAGCUUCUAUUCGGAUCCGUUUACCAGGAAACCUGUCAAAUCAUAUUCAGAUCGCUACAUAGGAACAUCUGGCAGCCAGAUUUCGCAUCCAAUCACCAGGAAAUCUGUCACUUCAUAUUCUGAGCGAUACACAGGGGCAUCUAGGAGUUUGACUUCAGAUCUCUAUACCAGGAAACCUGUCACUUCAUAUUCUGAGCGAUAUGCAGGGGUAUCUGGGAGCCUAGGUUCAGCUCCGUAUGCAGGGACGUCGGGCAGCCUGACUUCAGAUUCGCACAAUGGGAUAACUGGCAGCCUGUAUUCAGAUCGCUACAGUGGGGAGAGUCUGAAUUCAGAUCUAUAUACAAAGAAUGCAGGGACGCCGGGUAGCCUGAGUUCAGGUUCACACAGUGGGAUAACUGGCAGCCUGUAUUCAGAUCGCUACACUGGGACGAGUCUGAAUUCAGACCCAUAUACAAAGAAAUCUGACGGUUCGUAUUCGGAUCCAUACACAAAAAAAUCCGAUAGUUUGUAUCUAGAUCCAUAUACAAGAAAAUCUGACAUCCUGAGUUUGGAUGAAUAUGCAAGGAAAUAUCAGAGUCUGAAAUCAGAUCUGUACACAGAGAAAUCUGAUAGCUUGUAUUCAGGUCAAAAUGCAGGGAAAUCCGAGAGCCUGAGUUCAGAUCAACAUGCAGGCAGGUUUAGCAGCUUGUAUUCUGAUCGAUAUACAAGAAAUUCAGGCAGCCUCCCUUCUGACAGUCGGUAUAGAGGAAAGUCAGACAGUUUGUGGGAGAAUGAACGCUACAGAAGAGGAACUGCACCUGGGCUUCCGAAGAAGGGGGUACAAAAACGCAAGAAUCGUCUAGACAUAUUUGAGUUUUACUUGUCGUGGUUUCUCUACAUCACCACAAUUAUCCUGUGUCUGGUUCUGUUGGGAUUAAUCUGUGUCAAAACCUUACAGUUGCUUGAAGAAUCUGAAGAAGACAUAGAUGAAAACAUUAAGAUGUUGCCAGUGGAUUGCAAAGGGAAAACAGAUGCAUUUUGCCAAGCUGAAGAACGCAAAAUCAUAAUGCUCAUGUUGUCUGAAAUGUAUGAGUACCUAGCAGAAACAGCAGGUGAGUUUGAGUGUGGAUCUGAAUAUCCCCUGAAGACCAAAUGUGUGCCAGUCGUUGAUGUAAAGAGACAUUUAGCAACUGUUAAUAUACCUAAUCUAGAAAAAUUUAACAAGGCACUUCAAUGGAUCAUUCAGAGCACCCGUGACAUUGGGAUUAGGCUAGUUGGUGAAGAUUCUGAAGCAUUAGUGACUUCAGUGGAUCAAGUAAGCUGUCUUGAAUCCACUCGUCCACAGAUGAAUUUGUAUUGUCGCCUCCGUCACGCUGUUUAUACAAUUCUUCACAGAAUGUUAAUCUUUAUUUUGGUUUUAAGCUUUUUGUGGAUCAUGUUGCUACUUCUGAAGUACCAGUUGAAGAAAAUGAAGGACCGAGAACAAGCAGUGUAUGAAAUGGUGAACAAAAUUAUAGCUGUCGUUCGUGCUCACAAUCAAGACUGGGAAAAGGAUUUAGAACUCAUACCUUAUAUACCUGUCCCCCAUGUCCGCGACACAUUGAUUCAACCUGAGAACAGGAAGAAGAUGAAGAAGAUCUGGGAGAAGGCUGUUGAGUUUCUUGAAGCAAAUGAGUCCCGGAUUCGUACAGAGACUCAGAUAAUAAAUGGAGAGGAUUUCUUAGUAUGGAGGUGGACACAGCCCUCAUCCCUCUGUGAUUCAAUGUGAUAAGUAACUAAAUGUAUUGAGCAAGGGGCAGUUAGGAGCCAUAUUGUUGAUGCAGUGCUUUGGCAUACCAGCAUCGUUUGUAAACUCUUGUGUUUCUGUGUGAAUUUCUCACACAGCUGUUGAUUUUUUACUGGUUUAUUUGAGAGUAAGGGAUGAGCCACUACUGUCUGCGGAGGUAGAGGAAUUGAGUGGAUACCCUGGGACAUCCUGCAAUGCUUGUUGACAGAUUUUAACAUUAUUAUUAUUCAAUGUUAGGAUAAGAAAUUUGUAGCAAGGCCUGGAUUUGUUCCUCAUCCCUAAUGUAACUGAGGGGCUUAAUAGGGAACUAGAGAAAGCAUCUAAAAACCUGACAUCUGUUGAGGGACUGGAGUUGUAUACAGUUUGACAGGUUUUGUGACAGAUUUUUUGACAGCAGUGACAAUCCAACAGCCAUUAAUUUCCAUUUUAAGUUCAGUCCUCUUGAUGAGAUUUGAUCUCUCAAUAUUCUGAAUAAUUACUUAGUUUAUUAGUUCAAUAACAGACACUAUGCCACAGCUAUAGUUAUUGAAAUUGUUCGUGAUUUGGAAACAAACAAUUUGCCUUUUUCCAAAGCCCGAUGAUAUGCUAAUAUAGCCAAAUAAAGAAAGGAAAGGCUGUACUAUAAAUCUGAAAAUGAUAAAAUGAUGAGUAGCUUUGAACUAGUCCUUCUAUUUAGAGGACUUUAAUUAUGGUUGGCAUGGUUCUUAACCAUGAAGUUUUAAAAUCUUUGUUCAGAUUCAUAUUCUGUGUUGCAUAAUGUUUAAAAUUUGGUUUUAUGCACUGACUUUGUGAAAAUGAUUGUCAUUGUGUUAGAAAGUUUGUCUUCUGUAUAUAUGUACUGCAUUUGCUUUAAGUAUUUUAUACUUUUGGGGGUAAUUUUUUGAAGUUUAUGCAACGAAAUCUGUUGAACGAAGAGAUUAUAACAUUAGUACACAUCAGUUUUCCUUUUCUGCUGUAUUCAAAUUUUAGGAAAUGCUGAUUCUUCCCAACAGUUCCAAACAUGCUGAAAUCUAUUAACUCUACUUGGCUGACCUAGCAUUCUUGACCCAUAUCUGCUCUAUUUCUGUUUGUGAACUGUCAGCAGAAAUAAUAGAAAGUGAAAUAACUCCACAAGGAGUUAUCCUAUCACCAAGUCACCCUUUAUUUGCACAUGCACAGUACCUGACACUAACCAGUCUAGCUCAGAGCCAGCUCUUGGAGUGAACAGAACCCCUGACACUACUGUUUAUAUCUGUGAGCCAGGACUCCUGAUUGGGGCUGUUAUCCUGGUCCAGUUAGGAAACUCGUAUUCAAUGAGGUCCAUCUGCCUGAGCUCAUUCCAAUCACUGCAAAAAGCAUCCCACCAAAAUACUUCAAAAUAUUUGGAAGUGUAUUUUAUUUCAGAAGGGUAAUUUUAUUUCAUAAAAUGCAGAUUCCUUCCUUUUAAAAAGGAUGAAAACAGCAUCAUGUUCAGGAUAGUUAUGUAAUACAUGAUCAAAACUGAUGGUUGAGCUGCAGCUUUGAGUUAACAAGUGCCUGUUAAUGUAUUUCGAGCUAUCACCCAUGUGAAAGCUAAGUGGCUGACAUAUUUGAAGCCUAAUUGGAAAUAAUUAUUAGGAAAGCUAUUUGGUAUUGAAAAUGCAGUGGGCAAGUUUCAUCAUGAUAUUUCCUUUUCCAUGAAUAAGUCAUUAAAUUAGGAUAUAUCUAUCCAAAAGCAUUGUGAAUGAACUAAAAAUGUACAGCAUGAAGUAAAAUAUUUCAUAUUACACAGUGCCUCAUUGAAUUGGUAUAUAAAUGAAUUAUUGUUUGUAUUUUGUGUAUAUUUUAGAGGAUAUGUUUGUACAAACAUAGGAACUGCCCCUUUUGAGUUUGUUCUGCCAUUUGAUAAAGUCAUGAGUGAGUUGAUUGUGGUACUUUCCUACCUACCCAGAUACUCUCUGACUCCAUUGUUAGUCGAUAAUCUAUCCACCUCUGCCUUAAAGAUAUUCAUUGGGCCUGCCUCUACCCCUUUCUGUGGAACAAAAUUUCAGAGGCUCAUAAACCUGGGAGAAAAUGUGUUUUCUUUGUCUUCACUGGGCAAUGCCUUAUUUUUAGGGCUGUCUCUCCUGAUACUCUCUGAAAGGUUCACAUUGCAUAUGCGAAAAACUUUGCAUAUGCACUCUUUGUGAAACACCGUGCCAGUCAAAAACAUGAUACCCAAAUAAGCACAAUAAAUAUGAGGGACAAAAUGAUGUCAUUGGCAGUUCUGUUCUUGUGUACGGAGCAUUUAUAAGGUGUCAGCAGACCUUCUCUUUUUAAACUGUAUCCCCUAGUUCUUAUGUCUACUACAAUGGGAAAUAUUCUUUUGGGAUUCACCCUGAUUGGUUCACAGUAUCUUCACAUACUCGCAUGGUGCUAAUUUGCUACUUGUUAGGAAGAUAAACGUCUUGGGCUUCAGUUACUGUAUUCAGUUCUAUGAUGUAUUUUACUGAUUUUACAGGACAGCUUAACUCUAGUAUCACAUCAGUUCAUUUAUUUUAAGUAUUGGCUUUUUUAUGUGUGAACAUGGAUUUUUAAUCUUUGCUGUACUGAAUUUCACAUUUUUUUGAAGCAUUUAAUAAAAUAUUAAAACAAUG